CGCCGGCUCACCGCGAUUCGACCACGACCGUUUUCGCUUGACGUUGUCAUUUUCAUCGGUUCACAAUUAACAGAUCUCUAUGCAAUCCAAAUUCUUCAGUCAACAUUUCAGUAUGAAACUAACUGUCAGAUGAUAGCUCUUUCCGAAUAUAAUGCACGAAUUGCGGAUGAGAUCGAUGUCUCCCUCUGUUCUCGUUGGUAUUAUAAUAAAGGUUUUGCUCUUUUACGCAUGAUAGAGCGUAUGAUCACGUGGAAUAAAUUUCAAUUAGCUGUUACAGAAUAUUUUAACAAAUUUAAGUUUCGUCCUGCCACUCCUUCUAAUCUUUGGACCACCUUACAACGUAGACUUGAUGACAGUACGAAUCAAAUGGUUGGAAUUAAUGAAAUUAUGGAUACGUGGUUAAGUCAAAGAUACUAUCCUGUUAUAAAUGUUUUUCACAAUCGUCAAAAUAAUACAGUGAUAUUAAAUAUCACUGGUGGUGUCGACAUGAGAAAAUACACGUGGAUAGUACCGACAACUUAUACUUCAUAUAAUCCUUUGUCUUACAUGAUCAGUGAUGUUGUGAUAACUACUUCUGAAAUUACAACUAUUAAGCUGGAGCAUAAUAUUGAUUUUGUUAUAUUUAAUAGAGAACAAAAUGGAUACUUUCGCGUGAAUUAUGAUGAAAAUAGUUGGAAUCGAAUUGCAAAUGCUUUGCACUCUGAUAAUUGUAAUCAAAUAAAUAUCCUCAAUCGCGCGCAAUUGAUUGAUGAUGCAUAUUAUUUUAUGACACAAGACUACAUAUCACCGCUUACAUUUUGGAGAAUUGCAAGUUAUUUAAAGCACGAUGUAAGUUACAUAGCCUGGUAUCCCAUGUUUAAUAUUCUAUCGUUUAUGUGGCCUAUUUGGAAUAAUCCGGCUACGGGAGUGAAACAUAUCAAGGAAGAAGUGCGUCAAAUAUUGGACGGCUUACUUCAAAAUUUGGAAUACGAAGAAAGAAAUUAUGAGAACGAUAUGUAUAAAACACUGAGAUUAUUAGGAACAAGAUGGGCUUGCAAAUUAGGGCAUAGAAAGUGUCAAAUAACUGCUACGACAAAAUUGUCUGGCUAUUUAUUCGAUCCUAAUAAAAACAAAUUUUCACCAUGGUGGAAGGAUUGGGUAUAUUGUGCCGGUAUGAGUUUGGCCAACGAAGCUAUAUCGCAGAUGUUGUUUGAAAAAUACAAAAAUACCACGGAUAUAGAUAUUUUGAAAUAUUUGUUUUGCUCAGAUGAUGCACAAAUUAUCGUGAAGUAUAUGGAGGAAGUGUUUCUCGAACUUGGAAAUGUACUAUCGCAUAAGAAUUUAAAUGAACUUUAUCGAAUUGUUAUAAAGAAACACAUAAGGAAAAAUGAUGUGCUGAAAUACUUCAUACAGCAUUAUUCGAGAAUAAUCUGGUGGCAAGACACUUUUGUUCAAAACGCAAAAGUGUUAGGUAACAUGAUAAUGAAUGUAUAUUUAAAUGAAGAUAUCCAUGUGAUUGUAGAAUUUGCAAAUAAAGCCAAUUCACACAAAAUAAAUCUGGACGACAUAUAUCGAAUAGUAAGCGUUCAACGGAAAAGAAUUCAAACAAUGCAAAAAAUAAUUUACUCGUCAUGAAUAAGAAAAGCAGGACAUAUAAUUUCUAAAUGAACGAGUUUACAAAAUAUGAUGGAAUUCAAAUAAUUAAAGUGGCCAAACUGAGCGUUAUUGCAAAUUGGGCAGUUGAUUGAGAUAUCUGUGUCUAAAAUUAUGAUGUUUGUUUUAUAUAGAUGUAUUUUUAUGAUAUUUUAUUAUCACAUUAUUCUUACAUUUCCAUGUUUCUAUUGUUCAUGUCUUUUAUUUACAUGUAUUUGUACACAUACAUUGUACAUUAUAUGAUAAUAAUAUACAGGAUGUCUCAGAACUUUGGGACACGGGCUCC